CCCAGAAAGAGAAAGUUUUCGUAAAUAUUGGAUCACAUUAUGAGUACAGAUAUUAACCAAAUUGAAGACACAAUGGGAGACAACAAAGGAAAACUUGAUUGGAUGUACAAAGGGGUCAGAGGUUUGGUUGAUAAUGAAGAUUAUUUGACGGGAAGAAAGAUAGACAAGACUUUUGAGAUCAUAUCGGCCGAAGAAAAUCCAACGAAAGGAGACUUAGAAGGUUUGGAGGGAUCAGUCCCUCAGUCGGUCUUUGACUUAGAGACCAAUACAAACACCAAUAAUAUGGUGACCGUAGACUUGGCCGCUAAGUUAAGAGAAGACCCGUUGUAUGAGAUUCGGCUCAAACAACGCGAACAAAGACGCAAACUAUUAGACAAUCCGUUAAAAAUGAAAAAACUCAAGAAUAUCUUGGAGUCAACACUAUCUGAUGAUAAAAAACAUAAGAAGAAACAUAAACAUAGACGAAGUGAUUCAGACAGCAGUGAUUCGCACCACAAAUCUGAUGGUAAGAGACAUAAAAGAGAUAAAAAUAGAGAUGAAAGAAGAAAUGAUCACAAAAAUAGUAGUAAUAGUCAUCGACAUCACAGACAAGACUCAUAUCGUGAUAGAGAUAGACAUACAAGGGAUUCAAGAGAACGAAUACUCGAUAAGAAGUUGAGUUCAAUUUAUAAAAGACAUGACUCGAGAAUUGAGAAGACAUUAAGCGACGAAAAGCAGAGAACAGAACAACAACAACAAAGUCGACCGAAGAAAUUGUCAGCCGAAGAGAUGGAAAAGAAGAGAUUAGAAAUGUUAGACAACGCUGUUUGGAGGGAAUGUCAGCGCAAAAGUAAUGUCAAAGAAUUUGCAAAUGAAGAGCAAAAAGAAAAAGAGUUCAAUGAAAGUGGAAAAUCUGCUCAAUUUAUAAAACCAUUACUAACGAAGGCUACGGAUGACACUUUGGAAGACAGGAUCAGACAGAAAAGGUUUAGUCAUCAAAAAGGACACAAUUCUAUGGACACUAAUUUUGCCAGAAGAUAGAUAUCAUUACUUUAGUUUUUCUAUAUAUUUUUUAAUAGUAUUAAAUCAUAAAUCCAUUGAAAUAUAUUUCAAUUUUU